AAUUGGCUAAUAAUAGAAUUUUGAUCAGUGAUGGGAUUCUCACGGGCUGCCAUUUGGCUAUUCAUUACUGGCAAGCUGAUCUCAGAAAGGCCGGAAGUCGCAGAGUUGGUGCUUGCCAUGUCCCCGGAAGCUAGAACCAUACCAUCACUCAUCCCACGCACAUCAGCACGCACUUGUAUCCCACAUCCCUAUGUCAGAAAAUUUUGACUUUUUGUUUUCCUCGUGUAUUCAUAAAACAUGAAAUAUCUUUCUGCACAGCAAAAAUUUGAGUUUGUUAAUGGAAUUGUGUAUUUGUUCUUUAUCAUAUUCAAUUUUGAGUAUGCCACACUCUCUGCAACAAAGCGUGGGCUGAAAAGAAUUAUGGCAGAUUCAACUUAAGGAUCAAAACCUACAACAUGUUCUCUUUUUGGAGAUCUGAAAAGAUUAUUUCUUUCUGAAGUUCAGGCGAGAUCUAGUUCAGAAAUCCUUUGAAGACAGGGAGUCUAUCUGUUGUGGUUAGGUUUCAAACUCUUUUUCUUUCUCUUUUUUCCUGUCUGUGGAUGGGUGAGGAGGGAAUGGUAAGUGAUGACAAGAACAGUUUUGUCAAAGCCAACCCAAAACUAACGGUAUUGCCACUUAUUGCUUUGAUAUUCUAUGAGGUAUCUGGGGGUCCUUUUGGUGUAGAGGAUUCAGUGAGGGCAGGAGGUGGUCCUCUUUUGUCUUUGCUUGGUUUCUUGAUAUUCCCUUUGAUUUGGAGCAUCCCAGAAGCUCUAGUCACGGCUGAACUUGCUACAAGCUUCCCUAAAAAUGGUGGUUAUGUUAUUUGGAUAUCUUCAGCUUUUGGUCCCUUUUGGGGGUUUCAAGAAGGAUUUUGGAAAUGGUUUAGUGGGGUGAUGGACAAUGCUUUAUAUCCUGUGUUGUUUCUCGAUUACUUGAAACAUUCAUUUCCAAUAUUUAACAAUUUAAUUGCUCGAAUUCCAGCUCUUUUAGGAAUCACAGUUUCACUAACAUAUUUGAAUUAUAGAGGACUACACAUAGUGGGGUUAUCUGCUGUUUUCCUUGCUGCUUUCUCACUUUUUCCCUUUCUUGUAAUGGGGAUUAUUUCAAUUCCUCGAAUAAAGCCUAAGCAGUGGCUUAUUGUAGAUUUUAAGAAGGUGGAUUGGAGGGGUUACUUUAAUAGUAUGUUUUGGAAUCUGAAUUAUUGGGACAAGGCAAGUACUCUUGCUGGGGAGGUAGAAAAUCCAAGUAAGACCUUUCCAAAGGCACUUCUUGGGGCAGUGGUCGUGGUGGUUUGUUCAUACUUAAUUCCACUUCUUGCUGGGACAGGGGCUUUGAAUUCUUCUAGUGAGUGGACUGAUGGGUAUUUUGCAGAAGUUGGGAUGUUGAUAGGAGGCUUCUGGCUCAAAUGGUGGAUUCAAGUAGCUGCUGCGAUGUCUAACUUGGGGUUGUUUGAAGCUGAGAUGAGUGGAGAUGCUUUCCAACUUCUUGGAAUGAGUGAGAUGGGAAUGCUCCCAGCCAUCUUUGCUUCAAGGUCAAAGUAUGGGACACCAACAGUUAGCAUCUUGUGCUCUGCCACUGGAGUUAUUUUCUUGUCUUGGAUGAGUUUUCAGGAGAUCUUGGAAUUUCUGAAUUUCCUAUAUUCAAUUGGAAUGCUUCUUGAAUUUGCUGCUUUUAUAAAAUUGAGAAUAAAAAAGCCAGAUCUACAUAGGCCUUAUAGAGUUCCUUUGCAUACAUUUGGGGUAACAAUGCUUUGCCUGCCGCCUGCCUUGUUGCUUGUUCUUGUCAUGUGCCUAGCUUCUGUAAAAACAUUCAUUGUAAGUGGUAUAGUUAUUAUCAUUGGAAUCCUUCUGUACCCCGCUUCACUUCAUGCAAACAAUAGGAAAUGGACUCACUUUGAUGUAGAACAAUCACUGGUGUCUUUAGAUAAUUUGGAUGUGCCACAACCGCGUCAACAAGUUACAGAUGAGGCCUCAGUUAGUCUUCUUCCGGUUUUAUCAUCGUCAGAGUUUGGCCAAGAAGUCUCCGAAACUUCUGCGGAAGGAGUUCUAAAAUUAGAUUAGGAUCUCUACUUCUGUACUCUUGCUCAUGGUUUAAUUUGAUUUUUCACUGAUAAUCAGUUGCAGAAGUACAUGUUCUCCUUGGAAUCUAUACAACAGUACCACAUUAUUCUAAAUUCAUUUACAAAGAAUAGGAAAUUAACCCUAGUUAAUUUAGGUGAAAAUGGUUCUGUUAUCCUUCAAACUUAUGUAACUUUUAUAUUCAUAAGAUUUCACCACUUAUAAGUAUGGACUUCGUGUAUUAUUUUGAUAGAUCCUACAUAAAUCUAAAUUUUAAUUGGCUGAUUGUAAUGCUAUAUUGUAGAUGAAAGGUGGAUGAUUUUUAGUGCAAGAGGGAUGGCAAACCAGAUGAAUGACCGGAGCACUAAUGGUUAUGCCAACAAUUUAUAGCUCCGGCAAUUAAUCUGACAGAAACUUCAGCAUUGUUGUGUUUUUAUGAACACAGGCGAAACAGACUUGGAGUUUCAAAUUUCAAACAUAUUCUUUCUCUGAAACACUUUUUAACAUAAAAUAAGAUUUACUUGGAAAAGAUUUCCAACAGAAAGAGGGGUAACUCAUAUCUGUGCGUUUGAGCAAAAUCUUCACCUUUGUUGACUAAUUUGGCAGAAUUCUUAGGGAACAAACAAUGUUGAGUUUCCAAUGAGUUACAUUUUGUUCCCU